ACACAGCACAGCCUGUGUGUCAGUUGCAAGGUGAAAGGGACUACUAUCUGAAAUCUCACCAUGUCUUAUUACGAGCAUAUUGUAUUAUCAGACGAAUUUCUUGAAGAUAACAGCUCCGAGUCUGGAUCUGGGGACUUUGGACUGGAAUAUAUGGAAGCCUGUGACCGAGCUGUCAGCCAUGAAUUCAGUCGGAUCUUCCUUCCCACCGUGUACGCAAUCAUUUUUGUGCUCGGGGUCAUCGGUAACGGUCUUGUGGUGAUAGUGAUGGGCUAUCAGAGGAAGUCCAGAACUAUGACUGACAAAUACCGCCUUCAUUUGUCUGUAGCUGACUUGCUCUUCGUACUGUCACUGCCCUUCUGGGCCGUGGAUGCAGUCAGCGACUGGUACUUCGGUGGCUUCAUGUGUGUAGCUGUGCACAUGAUCUACUCUGUGAACCUGUACAGCAGCGUGCUCAUUCUCGCUUUCAUCAGCCUGGACCGCUACCUCGCCGUGGUGAGGGCCACAAACAGCCAGGGGCCAAGAAAGCUACUGGCGGAGCGCGUCAUCUAUGUAGGCGUGUGGCUCCCGGCCAUACUACUCACCGUGCCGGACCUGGUGUUCGCCAAGGCGGAGGACAUCACCGUCAGGACUGUUUGCGAGCGGGUCUACCCUGAUCCGACGAAAGUCUGGCGCGCAGUGUUCCAGUUCCAGCACAUUGUGGUGGGAUUCGUUCUGCCGGGACUAGUAAUCCUCAUCUGCUACUGCAUCAUUAUCUCCAAGCUGGCACGCGGCACCAAGGGCACCCAGAAGAAGAAGGCGCUGAAGACCACAGUGGUGCUGAUCGUCUGCUUCUUUAGCUGCUGGCUGCCGUAUUGCGCGGGCAUCCUGGUGGACACGCUAUUGACCCUGGAAGUUAUCCCCCACAGCUGCGAGUUGGAGCAAGGCCUGGAGAAGUGGAUCUUCGUCACGGAGGCGCUGGCGUAUUUCCACUGCUGCCUCAACCCGAUUCUGUACGCCUUCCUCGGGGUGAAGUUCAAGAAAUCUGCCCGCAGUGCCUUGUCUCCCAGCCGUGGCUCCAGCUUGAAAAUUCUCCCCAAGAAACGCGGUGGGAUGUCCUCCGUGUCCACGGAGUCUGAGUCUUCCAGCUUUCAAUCUAGUUAACGCAUCCACGUUUCAUCAAGAACUUUGCCACUGUAAAUAUUCCUUAUCCAUUCCCCUGGACAUUGGACAACGCUGAGCUCUGUAAUACAUCAAAAUGUAAAGGAGCUUUGACAGAGUGUAUUUGGGCUGAGCCCUGAGGCCAUUGAGUGGUCUUCUAAAGCUAUGUAAAUAUGAGUCCAGUGUCAGUAUUGAGUCGACAAACAAAUAUUGCUAACUGUACAUUGAAAGGUCUGAAUUCAGGGAUUUUUUUUAAUAAUCAGAACUGCCUGCAUACUGCAAUGUAUUUCACUGUCCCCAUACAUUUUAAUUGUUUAUUUCUCCCUGUUGGCACUUAUGGAAUGCCAUGCUCUUAUUUAUGACAUGAAUGGACUGAGUGCUUGAUGUCUAAAUUGUUUCAAAAUAGCUGCUUUAACGCAGAUCAUUUGUAAUAAACUGUUCGAAAUGUGAAA